CGGGAUUGAGAAUUUUUGGGGAAAUUUCUAUGGGGAAAACGAUAACACCCAUCUUCUUCUCCAGUCUGAUUAUGAGCAUCAUCUCCACAGCAGUUUGUUGUAUUAUGAAGACUUUCCCUCCAAUUGGGGUUGUGAGGAAGAGAAGUACAACAUCUAUGGCAAUGUUUGGAUGGAAGAAUAUGAUUACUAUAACUUUUGGGAGAACUACUUCUCCACCACGCCUUACUCUGAUUUCAGCUGCAUGGAACCGUUGAUCGAUGACUACCCAAUGCUGUCUUCACCAUCAUUUCUAGAUUUCUACGAUGCGGAAGCGGCGCC